AUGAUCUUGCUACCAGCACCAUUAAUCUCAAUAGAUCAUCUCAACGCAUGGCGUGCGACACUUUCAUUGGAAGAGGAGGGAAGGACAGUCCGGAAAGCGAGAGGGUCCCCGAAGAAGUGUGCCAGGGAAAGGAAUCACGAUCUGGAGUCUUCUGGAGCAGAGAUAUCUGUCGCUGGAACUGGAUCGUGGAAGCUAGGUCCUGGGACAUCUACGCUGUCGAGGAUGUAUCAUCGACGAAACAUCUGUUUGUCUUUGUCCUUACGAACAGUAUUGCGCGAUCUGUCGAUGGCGUUGGUGGAAGUAUUGCGCAUUGGCAGCGCGAAGAAAAUGGGUGUCCCAAUAUUCAACGCCUAA